GCUGUCUUUAGAUUCCCCGUGCAAUUCAUCAUGCCAAUCGGAUACUUGCGCCGCAUGGCUCAUGAGCAGCCAGUCAUCCUCUGGUCUGUUGUUAUUGGUUCCAUUGGCCCAUUGAUGGUCUGGACUGUCCCAAAAGUACGUCGUGAGUACUUUGGCUACAAGCCAGUUGCUCCCCUUCCUACCACAUAUCCUUUGCCAGCUGGACCACGAAACCCACCUUCCGGCUACGAGGACUAAACUAGAUGAUUUAUUACUAUAACCGAUUGCUGAUUGUUCGACAAUCACUGUAAACUUUUGCAAUUUGCGUCUGCAUAGACCAACACCUCGAAAAUCAAACAAAAAUAUAUUUGACAAGUACGAUCGUUACUUAGAAACUGUUAUUGACACCGUUCUACAAUGUGAAGGAUCGAUAUAGAAUAA